UCGUCAUCCGCAGCUGCCACCAGGCAAGAUUAUGUCGCUACCAGCGCCGAGGGGCGCCUUUAACUUCAUCAUUGACACAAUGCACAUGAUGGAACGGAAAGUGGUAGAUGCAGCGCCUGCAACUUGUCCACAGUACCAGAGAUGAGCUCGAUUCUUCGCCAGAUCGUAGCAUCUCCGAGAGUCAGACAUGAAGAGGCAGGGCUCGACCUGUGCUAUGUAACGGACAACAUCAUUGCCACGUCCGGUCCGGGUUCUUCCUAUCCGCAGGUGGCAUACCGCAAUCCACUCAAGGACCUUGUAAGGUUCCUCGACGCCAAGCACGGCGAAGACUGGUCGAUAUGGGAGUUUCGGGCUGAAGGCACCGGCUACGAUGAUGACGACGUUCACGGCAGGAUACGGCAUUAUCCAUGGCCAGAUCACCACCCGCCGCCAUUUGCGCUAAUACCGCUGAUCAUGGGCAGCAUGCGAAAUUGGUUGAAAGAGAAGGAUAGCAGAGUUGUGGUUGUUCAUUGUAAGGCAGGCAAAGGCCGCAGCGGGACGGUGGCAUGCAGUUACCUGAUCAGUGAGGAAGGCUGGAGUCCCGAGGAAGCGAUGCAAAGGUUUACUGAACGCAGGAUGCGACCAGGCUUUGGCGCUGGUAUCAGCAUUCCAAGCCAGAGGCGCACAAUCAGCUACGUUGAUCGGUGGACGAAGCAUGACAAGUUGUAUGUUGAGAGGCCGGUUGAGGUGUUGGAGUUGCACAUAUGGGGUCUCAGGGAUGGAGUAAAGAUCGCUGUUGAAGGCUACGUGGAAGAAGGCAAGGUCAUCAAGACUUUUCACACGUUUCAAAGAUCUGAGAGGGAGAUCGUCCGUGGCUCAAUAAGCAAGGAGACAGGGCUCGCUGACGCUGCGCGAGACUUCGUGGGACGAUCAAAGAAGCGAAACUUGCAAGCGCGCACCAAGGAUAACGACGACGACGUUCUUGAUGAAGUCAGCAACCCGGGCCUUGACCGGGUCGGAAGUGAUCUGCUUAUGGAUGCUGGAGGUGAUGUCGUUUUCAGACCUGGUACCAGAGUGGUGCUCCCGUCCAGCGACGUCAACAUGGACUUCGAAAGGAGAAACAAGACGAAAUAUGGCGGCUUUACCAUGGUUACUGCCGUCGCUCACGUCUGGUUCAAUGCUUUCUUUGAAGGAAGGGGACCGGAGCAGGGUGGCAAAGCCGAUAGCUCUGGUGUAUUCGAGAUUGAGUGGGAUGCAAUGGAUGGCAUCAAAGGCAGCUCAAAGAAGGGUAUCCGAGCCUUCGAUCGCAUGGCUGUUGUCUGGCAAGCAAUUGAUGUCUCGAGACAGCGAGGAGGCAGCGAAAUCCGGCCGCCGGCUAAGGGCGAGGCCGUUGCGCAAAUGCGGCCUGCCACUGAGAGGCAGACUGACGAUCAUAGUCAAGAUAAUGAGAAGAGGCUCGGUCUGCGAGAAGCAACUGCAGAGAGCGCACCCAUUAGCCGCGCAAGUAGCGUGACAGAAAUGACGCAUAACGCACGCGAAAAUGAAGUGCAGGACGAGAUUGAAGGAGUCAAGUCAUGCUCUCAACAGGGAGACAUUGAUGGAACAGCAAUAUCACAGACUGACGGUCUUGUCGCCGGCGCCGUAAGUGGCGUGCAACACCUGAGUACUGAAAGCCUGCCAGAUGGUCAGCCGGAGGCUGAGCUGGCAAACAGUCAUAGAAGCGCUGUGGGAAGUCUACACAAAGCGUGGAAGAAACAGCAUACGGUGUCCUGAUAAUUUCUCGAGAUUGAAUACGUUCGGCACACGAUUCUUCCACCAUCGCCGCAAAGAUUACGCAGGCAGGCCUAGAGAGGCGCAGAGCGCAACGGGCUUGAUGACUGUCGCUGCCGUACGAUUGCCAGCAGGCGGACAACGCGCAAGACGAAAGCGAUCAUCGAAGCUGC